UUGGGUCGCACGGGGCUCCGUAGUGACGUCAGCCGAUGGAAAUUGUCAGAGUGGCAAAGAUGGCUGCGGAACCAAACAAGACGGAGAUCCUGACCAUCUUCAAGCGGCUCAGAUCCGUCCCCACCAACAAGGUAUGUUUUGACUGCGCGGCCAAAAACCCCAGCUGGGCGAGCAUCCCGUACGGCGUGUUCUUAUGCAUCGACUGCUCCGGCAUCCACCGCUCCCUGGGAGUGCACCUCAGCUUCAUCAGAUCCACCGAGUUAGACUCCAACUGGAACUGGUUUCAGCUCAGGUGUAUGCAGGUCGGAGGCAAUGCUAACGCGACGGCGUUCUUCCGCCAACAUGGCUGCUCCACAAACGACACCAACGCCAAGUACAACAGCCGCGCGGCCCAGAUGUACCGGGGGAAGAUCCGGCAGCAGGCGAACGCGGCGCUGUCCAAAUACGGCACAGAUCUGUGGAUCGACUCCUCUGCAGGAAACGCUCCUGCAGCUCCUGAGAAGAAGGAGACGGACUUCUUUGCAGAACACACACAGCCUGCUAAUGACUGGAGCGUGGCGCCGGCGCCGGAGCAGAACGGAGCCGCGGUCACCCCGCAGCUGUCGGACACGACCGCCAAAGGCCAGGAUGACAACCAGCCGGAGGACGGACCGAGCAUCGACGGUUUGAGCACGUCGCCCCGAGCGUCCAUCGACGCCUCCAUGCGUCUGUCGUCGCAGGAAGAACAGACACCUAAAGACGUGAAGCCUUCCAUCAUCGGCAAAAAGAAGCCCAUGGCUGCCAAAAAAGGGCUCGGAGCAAAGAAAGGUCUGGGCGCCCAGAAGGUGAGCAGCAAGAGUUUCUCGGAGGUGGAGAAGCAGGCGCAGGUGGCCGAGAAGCUGAGGGAGGAGCAGGCUGCCGAGGCCAAGAAACAAGCCGAGGAGUCCAUCGUGGCGUCGAUGCGUUUGGCGUACAAAGAGCUGGAGAUCGACAGGAAGAUGGAGGAGAAGAAGAUUCAGACUCUGGAGGGAAAGAAGAGAGAGCAGGCCGAGAGGCUGGGCAUGGGCUUCGGCAACCGCAGUGCUGUGUCUCACUCAGUGAUGUCAGAGAUGCAGGUGAUCGAGCAGGAGACUCCUGUGGGAGCCAAGUCCUCCUCUCGCUCCAAACUGGACAUGUUUGAUGAGCCGGGUUUCACCUCUGGACCCCCAAAAUAUAAGGACAACCCGUUCACAGUUGGGGACAGUUUUGGAUCCAGGUGGGACACUGAGGGAGGGACCGCCUCCUUCACCACCUCCUGGGCUCUGGAGAAAGAGGACCCCAAAGAGGAGGUCACCAUCUCUAGUAUUCAGCCAAUCGGAGAGAGACUUCCCAGCAGAAGAAAAGCCGAGGUGUCGGCUCCGGUGUCAGAGUCCAGCGAGGCCCGACAGAAGUUCGCAAAUGCAAAGGCGAUCUCCUCCGACAUGUUCUUUGGUCGGGAGAGCAGCGCAGAGUAUGAUGCAAAGACCAGACUGGAGACCAUGUCUGGAAGCACCUCCAUCAGCUCCGCUGACCUGUUCGGGGACGGCAGCGACCACAAAGGACGAGCUCCGGGCUUCGACAGCGUGCUCCCCUCCGGCCCCGACAUCGCACAGUUCAAACAAGGAGUGAAGACCGUAGCGGGCAAGAUGGCCGUCCUCGCCAAUGGGGUCAUGAAUACAAUCCAGGAUCGUUACGGCUCGUACUGAGCGUCCUGAUGGCGCCGCGGCGAGCUGCGGGAGGACGGACUGACUGACGCCUGAGAAGAGCCUCCUGACUGACGGAGCGGACGGGACGGAGACGGGAAGCAGAAAGGAUUGCAUGGGGAAAACAAAUCGUCCUUCUCUCCCGUCGUCUUCUAGAGACAUUUUUCCAGGAGUGAGACAGUAUUUUCUUCUCUCAUCCACAUUAGCAGACUCUUGAUUUUUAUUUUCAUAAAGGAAACCAUCGCAGGGUGUAGUUUUUUUUUCUAAACCGAGAGUCGUGUCUUGAGAAAUAUUUUGGUCCUAGUUUUCAAAAUGACGUCAGAGUUAAUUUACUAUAUUUUAUUCCUCCUACAGAAAUCAAAGUGUUUUUGAUUCUAUAAUACUUCAUGCUUAUGUCUCUUUUUUUGUUUUAUUGUGAUAUUAAAAUGGUGCAGUAUAUAUUUUAAUUUGAGCAGGAAACCACAAUGUUUGCAUUCAGUGUUGGAUUCACUGCUGUUCACUCACAGCGUAGUUUGUCCAGGUUAUUAUUGUUCAUUUUUUUGUUGGUUUAUUUUACACAAAGCACUGACAGCAGCUCUCUGGGCAAAUUUCAGACGGUUUGUGAGCUUGGAAUUAUACAUUUCUGUCUGAGUGAACGUUUAUAUUGUGAAACAAGCUGCUCUGGUUAUUUAUUAUCUAUCUCAACCGAAACCUCGUGCGUUCCAACAAAGUUCAGGAAAUCAGAGAUUUUAAAUUAAAGAGGAAUUAAACCCAAACCGCAGAUUUACAGGACGACACAUCAUGUUAAAGUAUGGAAAUUCGUCCGUUUUCACGCAGACGUCAGACAGAACGUGUGACGCCCCAGCUCAUAAAUCAAUCAUUUUUGACUAUGCAUCUUUAUUUUUACGUUAUAAACGAAGUUUCACUGUUUGAAUCUGAAGUCUGCCUCGACGUUUCUCAACUCUGAAACAUUUUGACAUCACUGCCUUUUGCCCCAUGCAGUAGUUUAAGCUUUUACUUUGAAGGGCUCACGUCCUCAGUUUACAUUUGUAUCUGUUCAGUUCAUCGGCCAACGAAAAAUAUACUUUAAAAAGUUGUGCCUGAAACUGAUGAGUUUUUGGGAGGUGACUUAAUAUUUCUCUAAUACAAAUGAACACAUGGAGAUUGUGUAUGGAAGCUCAUUUCUGCCAAUGUGAAGAAAAAAAUCCUAUAGGCCAUUAUAAUAAGAAACUUUCUUAAUUAUAUAGUCUUCUUAUUUUAAAAUAAUUAGACUGUCAAAAAAUACACUCAUUACAGAAAUAAGGACUUAUUUUAAAAUAAUGAAGUCAAAUCUGGAUAAAAUGACUUCUCAGUACUUCAAAAAUAACGAGAAACUGUUUUGAAAAUACACUUACAUUAAAAUAAUGAGUGAUGCAGUACCCCAAAAAUUUACCAAGUGUCACGACAUAAUGAGAAAGUACCAAAAUGCAUUAAUGUCAAAUAAUAAAUUUAAAAAAAAUAAAAUAAAAACUUAAAAUGACUUAACGUUGAUCAUAAUAAAGACUAGGUAUCUUGAAAUAAUGACUCCUUUCGACACACAAAAAUAAAAGAUUUUGUAACAAUGAGAAACUCUACAGUAUUUUUGAAGUUCUUUUUUUGAAAGGUGGUUAAGUUGGUUUUUUUUAGGGUUUAGAAAACCUUUUUAUACUUAACUAUACCUUUAUACUUUGAGAAAGUUUAUUAAUUCGAUAAGUCUGCAGUUAGUUUGCAGGGUUUUUUUUUCAUCACAUUGGCAUAAAUGGUCGUCCGUACAUAGAAACAUAAAUAUGAACGUCUGUGAUAAAAUCAAACACUUGCUUACUUAGUGUGACUUAUUAAACAUGUAUGACACCCACAGUCCUCUCAGCUUCAUGUUGCCGGGCAGACUUCAGAUUCAUCAGGUGAUUAAAAGAAUUAAAGUAGGCGAAAAGUCUGGAAACCAGUUUGUAAACUUCUUCAAUGGAUCAGAGUGUCACAUUUUUCCUGGCGUUGCCGUGACGCCCAUGUGUGUUUUUUCCACCCGUGAUCGACUCUCCAAAAAGUAACAAACAAACAAACAAACAAACAAACAAACA